UGAUCUUUCUCUUCCUUGCUUUCAUUCCCAAGUCCAACUCCUAAACCAUUCAUUCAUAGUCAUAGAAUAGAAUCACUGUAAACCCUAACAUAGAAAUCACAGCAACAACAAUUUUUUCUUUCUUGGUUUAAGAAAAAUGUCAAUCCUUCAAAUCCAAACACUCUCAUUCUCAAAUUGUUUGACAGGUCCAGCUCCAACGAAGUUGUUCCUCCACCCAAAACCCUAUAACCCUUCACUCUACUCCCAACCCAUCACACCCAAAACGACGAUUAUUCGUAUGGGAGGGGGUCCCAGAACCUACCCAGGUGGCGUAUCAAAGUGGCAAUGGAAGCGAAUGCAGGCAAAGAAAGCCAGGCAGCUCCUCAAGGCUCGCCUCGCUCGCGAGCGCAAUAUUUACGAGAUGCGAAAGCGAGCAGAGCUCAAGGCUGCUGUGUCAGAGCUCGAGAGGCCUUGGGAAGUUGUCGAGAGAGCCCCUAACUUGCUCUCCGUUGGCGCUGAUGAACAAGUGAAAGUCUUGGCUGAUAGGUUUCAAAGGCCUGGUGGGUUCGAUUUGUGGACUCAGAGAGAUGGGCCCCAGUUGUUUGAGACUGUGGAUGAGUUACCCUCAGCUAGAUUUUUCCCUAAAGGGGUUGUUCAUAGUAUCAAACCUUAUCAAAGAAAUGGUGGGUUGGAUGAAUUAAAGGAGGAGAAGGGUCAGAAUUUAUUGGAUUCGGAGAGUUCGUAUCAGAAAGACAGUUUGGAAAUAUCGGGUGUGAAUAGACAAAAUGGGAAGAGAAGUAAUGGGAAAUUGAGAAAGAAUGUGAAUAGGAAUAGGUUUCACGAUGUGGGUUCGAAUGGUUCCGGUGGGUUGGAGUCAAGGGAAGCUGGUUUUGAUAGAGAACAGAGAGGAAAGGGCCCCAUUGGUUCCGGUGAGUUGGAGUCAGGGGAAGCUGGUUUUGACAGAAAACAGAGAGGAAAGGGCCCUAUUAGACGGAAUGUUCGGGGUAAUGGCUCGUUGGGGUUGAGAGAUUCACAGUCUGAUGAUGUUUAUGAUAUUGGUUUUGAUAGAAAACAGAGAGGAAAGGGCCCCAUUAGACGGAAUGUUCGGGGUAAUGGUUCGUUGGGGUUGAGAGAUUCACAGUCUGAUGAUGUUUAUAAUAUUGGUUUUGAUAGAAAACAGAGAGAAAAGGGCCCCAUUAGACGGAAUGUUCAGGGUAAUGGUUUGUUGGGGUUGAGAGAUUCACAAUCUGAUGAUGUUUAUGACAUGAAUUUGCAAGAAGAUGGAAGUUACGAAUUCUAAAUCAAGAACGGCCGGAAUGACUUGAAUUGUAAGGAUAAUGGAGUGGAAGCUGAAUCAUUUUGAAUUUAGCAGCUUCUUAAGGAAAAGGGUCUCUACCAGAUGAAUUUAGCAGCAAUGAGAUUGGUGAUGUUUUCGUCCAUUUUGUGCAAGCUGAGUGAUGGUGAUGUUGUCCCACUUUGCAUUUGAGGUUAUUGAUAUUAGUACUUAGAAGAUGAUCAGGCAAAGAGCUACAUUAAUCUUUCCCACAAUGUACGUGUGUAUAUCUAGAUUAUGUUGUGACUAAAUUGUAAAUUGAGAGUUUAGUCUUUAUAUGUUCGCAUUGUUGAAUGAAAAUUUAGCUCUUGGGAGUAUGUGUUGCUCA